GAAGAGCCAGCAGAAGAAGGACGAAGAAGAAGAAAAGCGUGUAGUUUUACAGCCUGUGGUGUCUCAGAUGACUGAAGUCAGCCAGCGUGAGUGGGGAGCGGUGCCGAGCCUGGGGAGGGUGGAGCUCUGGGUCAUCCAGUCAUCCAGGGUGCGUGUGGAGGUCCUCACCCUGGGAGCCACACUCAGGUCUGUGUGCACUCGCGGGAAGGAUGGCAGCAUGAAGGACAUCGUUCUGGGCUACGAUGAUGUGAGAGGUUACGCGUCGGACCAGCGGUACCUGGGAGCUGUGGUGGGUCGUGUGGCCAACAGGAUCGCAGCGGGACACUUUGAGCUGGACGGAAAACAAUACCAGCUUGACAUUAACAACGGACCCAACGCACUGCAUGGAGGCCUGAAAGGCUUCAACAAGGCAGUCUGGCUGGCGUCAGCGGUGGAAGGUGGCGUGCAGUUGAGUCUUACCAGUCCAGAUGGAGACCAGGGCUAUCCUGGAGAGGUGCAGGUCUCUGUCAUCUACACCCUGCAGGAGGAAACACUGACUGCUGAGUACCAGGCUCAGUCAACCAAAACCACGCCCAUCAACCUCACCAACCACGCCUACUUCAACUUGGCCGGACAGGAUGCAGUGGACAUCUAUGACCAUGAAGUGUCCAUCAGUGCUCAGUCCUACCUGCCCGUGGACAUCACAUCCAUUCCUACAGGAGAGAUCAAAGCAGUGGAAGGCACACCCUUUGACCUCAGGAAGCCAGCUGUGAUUGGGCCACAGCUACAGGAACUUCCAGGACCAGGUUUUGACCAUAACUUCUGUCUGUCAUUACCUGGAGAGCCUUGGGCAGAGAAACUUGCUGCCAGGGUCUAUCACCCAGCCAGUGGGCGUGUCCUGAUGGUUUCAACCAGCCAACCUGGAGUCCAGUUCUACACCGCUAACUUUUUGGAUGGUUCUGUGACAGGGAAAGGAGGAGUUAAAUAUGGAAAGCACAGCGCCUUCUGUCUGGAGACACAGAACUGGCCUGAUGCCGUCAACCAGGUAGCAUUUCCUGACUGCCUGCUGCGCCCGGGUGAGAGGUAUCGACAUGUGACUCGUUUCACCUUCACCACUGCCUGACACCACAGUGAUCUCGCUGCAGUGUGGAUGAGGUGGUUUUUAAUGUCACCGCCAGAUCCAGCUGAGUAAAAUUAUACCCUGCAGAAAUAGCUUUGUGAUGCUUUUGUUGACACUGA